CCACCACAGCGGCUGACUAUAUAGCCAGACAUGCCAUUGAAAAAAUGUACAUUCAGGUGCAAUAUCAGUCACUAACAAGCGGUCUCAUUACGAAACAAGCCAAGAUGAUGAAGAAGAUCCUCUUCGUAGCCUUCGUCAGCGUGGCGUGCGCGGCGUCGGUGGAGAAGAGAGAAGGAGUCGCGGGGAAGACCAAGGACACCGUGGGUCAGACCAAGGACACCGUAGUUCAACCCAAGGAGUCUGUGGGUGAAGGCAGGGACUCUGGGUCCUCGUAUGCUGCCCCUGCCCCUGCCCCAACCUACGACGAUGGCGGUUCACAGGGCAACCUCUAUUACUACUACUACCCUGUCUCCGAGUACGGCUCCGCUGAGACCUCAGACUCCGAGUACGAGGUCUUGACCGCAAUCAUCUUGCCGCUGCUGAUCCUGGGCGGCAUCCUCCUCGGUCUCUCCUCCCUUACCUUCACCCUAACCACCCAGAGAGCUCUCACCGACGGCCCCAACGAAUCUGACUUUGUUACUCAGCUUCACGACGAGAUCGAGCGAGUCUUCUACAUUUACCUCAACGCUAUAGAGAAUGAAGAAUGCAUAAAGAGAACCAUCUGCGAGAUUGGAGUCUACUCUAAGGACCUCAAGGGCAAGGACAUCGUUCUCGGCCUGAUUGAGCCUCUAAUUCCUGAAGGCAUGAAAAGCAACUUGGCGAUCUUCAAGAAGGCUGCAGAGUCUGGCUACGAGACCGGCAAGUGCAUGAAAUUCAAGUGCAACCCCCCUAAACUCCUCUAGACUGCUGCUGAAGACGACGAAUGAAUUCGGCAAAACUUCCAAGAUAAUGGAUCUCUAAUAAUUGACUUUCACAGAGAAAUGUUAUAUACAGGUUACCAUACUCACGUAUUUUUUUCCCCUACUCGUCGAAUAUGGUACUCUGUGUGUGAAUGUUUUGUAAGUUCCUUAUACGGAACACCAGCUGCUAGGACUCAAUAAUAUUGAGGCUGUGGCUAUUCGCUGCUGGCCAGCACUGAUGUACAGCAUCAUAACAAGCAUCGACUAACAUCCUGUAAUUAUUAUUUUUGUAUGUUACGAAUGACAUUUAUUUAUUGUUGUUGUAUGUCCGAGAGGUCAAUCCUAAGGAGUUAUCACCACUAACUAUUUAUUUCUCAGGGUUCCUAAAGCUUACCAAAUUCACUGCACUGACUACCAAAACAAAAGCACGAAUUUUCCCCUGUUGUCUGUGUAGUUCGCACCCAUUCGCCACUUUGAACUGUCUUGAUUUUGAUGAGGAUAGCAACAGGCACAACUCUCUGGAUAUCAAAGCACACCCAUUCCUUCUUUCUCCAGUGCCAUGAUUUACCUGAUCAGUAUUAAAUUCCUCCUUAAUCUGUUCCUAUGACUGUUUUUAAUACGCGGCGCUGACUUAGGAUAUGACAAGAGUACGGACGUUUGGCCUGAUGCGAGAAAAAAAAAAACUUUCUAUGACUGUCAAAUGUUUUGAUACCAACAAGUAAGGUAGUGAGACAGUUUGUAGAAGGAAGAAUGUCUUCUAAGGACGUGUCGUGCAUUGUUAAGCGAUACAUUGUUAGUAAGAAGACCUUGCUCUGCAAACUAUGUCGUUGCUAGUGACUACAAUCGUGAAGCUGAAUAAUACAUAGCUUAACUUGUCGCUUACACAACACAGCUCACAUAUGUACAUAGUUACAUAUCCUAAGUCUUUCACAUUUUCUUUUAACAAAUUUCAUCUUCUAUUUUGCAUUUUGUUAAUUGUAAUGAAAGUUUAGACGUUAAAUUGUUACUUUUUCUUUAUCAAUGCACCAAUGAUAAUUUAUGUUGUCUACAAUUAGUACGAGGGAAUUCACAAUUCUUGCAUUUUAUCAGUAUUUACCUCUGGAAAUUACAAAAAAAAUAUCUCCCUUGUUUGCCAGUGCUUUGUAAAUACA